AUUUUUUUCGGUAUUAUGAAUGUGUGUGUCUAUGGCGGACGCAGCGCAAGACUGAUCCGUCACUUUACGAUGCUUCAGAACUACAUCGCUCCUGCCGCCUGGGGACUGAUUCUCGUCAUAGGUGUCUUCCACGACCGUGAACGGUAUCUCAAGCAGACACCCUUGGUCGAAGGUCAAUCCCCGCCCUUCUUUUCAGACGCGGCCGUAUUUCUUUUGUUGAUGUGCUCUCUCCUGGCCUAUCUCGCGACAUCCUUCUGGUUCUUCGUGCGAACUGGUGUCUUGGACCGAGACUAUAAGCGCGAUUACUCCUACGAGGAAUUGUAUGAGAACGAAGAGAGCUUCACUUAUGCGGAUGCAAAUAGCGAAGGCAGGACAUCCAGAUUCGCCGUGUAAAAGUCGUACGCGUACGCUCUUAAAGUACAAAUGUACAGAUGUACAGACAAUAGAGUAUGAGCAACUGACACUAGUAAUAGCAAUAAUAAGCACUGACUUCAUCAGCCAUAGUACGC